CAGAGAAGAGUCUCUCCAGAUCAGAACACCAGAUGGACAACGCUAGCCCUUCCGCCCUCCCAGAGUCCCUGUGUCGUACCUCUCCCAGUAGCACCUUACUGCUGGGUCUGAAGAGGUUGUCUGUGCGGCUGGUGGACUGCAGGAAAACAACGGGGCUGAGUGGAACUGUGAGAGGAGGAGAAGAGAAGAAAGGAGCAGAUUUGAUUCAUCAAAGAGAAAAUCCAAAGUCGGAGGAACCAGAGACGUCCAAACCAGCAAGACGACACCUCUGCUCCCAGUGUGGAACUAGGUUUGCCAAGUUAGGAAGCCUGAAAAGACAUGAGAAGACACACACAGUAGAGAAGCCAUACCAUUUCUCCCAGUGUGGAAAGACUUUAAACCGGUUAGACAACCUGAAAUCACAUCAGCAAAUACACACAGUGGAGAAGCCGUACCACUGCUCCCAGUGUGGAAAGAGUUUUAACAGGUUAGACACCCUGAAAAGACAUGAGAGGGCACACACGGGAGUGAAGCCACACCAUUGCGCCCAGUGUGGAAAGAGUUUUAACCGGUUAGACUACCUGAAAGCUCAUGAGCGAAUACAUACAGGGGAGAAGCUUUUCCAUUGCUCCCAGUGUGGAAAGAGUUUUAACCGGUUAAACUACCUGAAAGCUCAUAAGCGAAUACACACAGGGGAGAAGCCUUUCCAUUGCUCCCAUUGUGGAGAGAGUUUUAACUGGUUAGCAUCCCUGAAAAUACAUGAGAGGACACACACAGGAGCGAAGCCACACCAUUGCGCCCAGUGUGGAAAGAGUUUUAACCGCUUAGGAAACAUGAAAGCUCAUCUGAGAAUCCACACAGGAGAGAAUAAUUACUUAUCCUAGUGUAUAAAUUGAUAUUUCACAUCACUUUUACUUAAAGUUCAUCAGAGGACAUACACAGUGCUCCCAUUGUCUUUAUAUUGUUGACUGAGAUUGUGUUUACUUGUUUAUACCAUAUGAAAUGUGUUUAUACAAAGUAUACUUAAACAUUUAUUUGUAUGUUUUUAUUAGAAAACAUGAAUUGAACAUGGAGUUUAUCAGUUUGAAUAUAGAGUAGAUCAGAUUCCAUGUGUUUAAAUGGUCCUUUUUUAAACUCUGACUAUGUGUGUGUUUAUCUGGGUGUGUCAUUCCUCAUGGAUUUGCUACAUUGUUUACAUUUGCAUUGUUGGCCCACUGAUUAUUAAUUAAAUAAAUGUUCUCUGAUUCUGUAAUGGAACAUUUUAAUUGUAUGUGUCCACAUAACUGGGUAUGUGACUAACCUUGUGAAACUGUCCUAUUAUAAUCUCCUGUUCUUGGGAGUAUCAUUCUGUGUUGCAAACCAGCUUCAACCUGCGUCCUUGUAUAAAUAAAGUCCUGUCCAGAAUUCAUACUGUCUUCUACACUGCACUGUGUAACUCUGUUAUUCUCUCUGAGCUCAGAAAUAAAGAAUCUUGGUUCGA